AGUCUGUUUUGGAAUACGCUGGAGUAAUGUUGUAGAUUUGAAAAAAAACUGUGCUGAACGUUAAACAAAAACUGUUGCAAAAUGUCGCUAAAUGAUGUAACAACAAAUUCAAUGGAUUGUAUAAUGAUAACGGAUCAUCAAACGGUGUCUCGUAGUCGUCUGGCGCUAAAGGCCAAUGAAUCAUCGUUGGCAGAUUUAACAGCUGAGACUGAGAGUAAAACAAAAUAUCGUGCGUGUUUGGAUAAAGUGUUUAAUAGAAAUGUUCUGCAACGUCAUUUACCGGUUGUGCAGUGGCUACCGCGUUAUAAUAAAGAUGAUUUUAUAGGAGAUAUAAUAGCGGGUAUAACGGAUUCUCUGGCAGCCAUACCAUUAGCUUUGGCAUUUGCCGGCAUAGCGGGUCUACCAACAGAGUUUGCUCUUUACAGUUCAUUCAUGGGCAAUAUAAUUUACACCAUAUUCGGUUCUUGCAAAGAUAACAUUUUAGGUUCAACGGCUAUAGCUUCCCUAUUAACCUUUCAAGUUGCCCAUGGCAAUUGGCAGAAAUCCUUGCUGUUUACACUUUUAUCGGGCCUAAUCGAAUUAGGAAUGGGUUUAACUCGUUUAGGUUUUGUUAUAGAUUUUGUUUCGGGUCCUGUAAGUUCCGGCUUUACUAGUGCCGUAGCUUUAAUUAUUUUCACCUCACAAAUUAAAAAUAUUCUAGUGGUGAAAAGUACGGGUAAAUCUUUUUUGGAAAAUUGGAUUUCUAUGAUAAAAGACAUACACAAUUAUCGUAUUCCCGAUACUAUUUUAGGUUUUAGUAGUAUUGCCAUACUAGUUCUACUCCGUUAUGUGGGCAAUUUAAGAAUUAAUCCUAAAGACAAUCAAGAUAUGAAAAAACUGCAUGUAGUUCUAAAUAAAAUUGUAUGGUUUUUGGGAGUUUCACGCAAUGCUCUUUUAGCGGUUGUUACUGCGGCUAUAGUAGGUUAUUUAGAACACCAGGGUUUUAGUUAUUUUAAAUUAACCGGUUAUAUACCAUCGGGUUUUCCACCAGUUGAAGUGCCCGCUUUUACAAUUGCAAGUAACGUAACCGCAAAUGGUAUGGAAUCGGAAGUAACUGAAGAUUUUUGGGAUUUACUACAUGACUUUGGUUCAGCUUUAAUUGUCAUACCGCUGAUAUCACUUUUGGAGACUAUUGCUGUGUGUAAAAAUUUUGCGAAUGGAAAACCCGUUGACACAAAUCAGGAGUUAAUCGCCUUAGGUUUAGCUAAUAUAUCCAAUUCAUUUUUCCGUGGUUAUCGUAUUAAUGGUGGUUUAGCCAGAGGUUCGGUGAAUACAGCAAGUGGAGGCAGGACACAAUUCGUAAAUGUUUACAUCAGUGUUAUAGUAAUAUUGGCCAUGUUAUUUUUGGCAGAAUAUUUUUACUAUAUACCCAAGGCCACACUGGCAGCUAUAAUUAUAGCAGCUGUACUAUUUCAAUUGCAAUAUCAAGUUAUAGUACCUAUGUGGCAUAGUAAAAGAUCGGAUGUUUAUGUGGGUUUAUUGGCAUUUGUUGCCUGUUUGAUAUUGCCCCUAAGUGUAGGCAUAGCUAUUGCCAUUGGUAUUAAUGUUUUAUAUAUUCUAUAUCAUUCAGCUAGACCUAAAAUAUCGGUAGAUCAAGUAAAGACUCCCAGCGGCAAACAAUUUCUAAGACUUACACCCGACCGCUGUUUGAUCUUUCCCUCCAUGGAGUUUGUACGCAAUAAGGUUUUAAAAUCAGGUCUUAAGUAUUCACUUCCCGUUGUCUUUGAUUGCACUUAUAUAUAUGCCAGUGAUUUUACAACGGCAAAAGUUAUCGAAUCUAUUAUAAAUGAUUUUAAUUCUAGAAAUCAAAAAUUAAUAUUUUUCAAUUUACGUCCAAAUGUAGCCAAGGUUUUUGCAACAUUACAUUCGAAAUUUAUUUUAUGUUAUUCAUUAGACUGUAUAGAAAAAUUAUUAGAUGAUAACAGUCUAAAAACUGGAAGUACCAAUGUUAAUAAUAGUAGUAAUAUAGAAAUAACGGAAUUAUAAUUUCAUGCCGUAAAUUAUGCUAUAGAAAUAAGUUAAGAGAAAAAAGCUGUGUUUUAAAGCUUUAAAAAGUUUACACUGUUCAAAAUUUAAUAUAAAUAAUUAAAUUAAUUGAAAAUUAGUUUGUAAGAAUAAAAUAAAUGAAAUAUUUAAAACAAUA